CAAAACAAACGAUGUUCGUUAUACGCAUUCAAAAUACACUAGCACAACCAUUCUGAUACAUCGGCAAGAUCAUUCUGUAUUCAAAUCUAUCAAUCGAGCAAUGCCGACUACACAGGUGAGCGCGAUUGUGCUGGGAGCUGGCUACGGUACCAGACUACAGAAGGGUAUUGAAGCGGACUCCUCGGGCGAGUAUAAGGAGCUGAUUGGUAUACCUAAGCCCCUCUUACCAGUGGGUAACAAGUCGUUACUUAGUCACUGGUUCGAAUCCCUCAAAGACAAUGCGUUUGUACGUGACUUCUAUGUGAUUACGAACGGGUUCUUUGCUAAGCAAUUCGAGGUGUGGGGAAAGAGUCAGGAGGGUAUAUUUAAACACACUAGCCUUAUCAAUGAUCAUACUAUGAGCAAUGAGACUCGCCUGGGGGCUGUGGCGGAUAUAGACAUGGUGCUGCAAGCGAAGAAAGACGAGAUGGGACCAGACACAGGUAUACUUGUCAUCGCAGGGGAUACGUUGUUUCAUCAGGACUUUGAUAUCAAUGACUUUAUAAAGUACAAUCUCACAAGAACGGAGGAGGCUUGCUCAGUGGUGUACUAUGACAUCGGUAACGAAGACACGCGGAAACGGGGUAUCAUCGAGAUAGACGAGAAUAAGAAGGUUAUAUCCUUCCUUGAGAAACCCAAUCCCGAAGACACACAUAGUAGGAAUGCAUGUCCAGCGUUCUACUAUAUACCUCCUAAGGGAAUUGCGCUGGUAAGACAGUUUAUGGAGGAGCAUAAGGACAAGCCUCUCACCUCUAGAGAUGCCCCUGGGAGACUCAUUGCUUGGUUGCACACACAUAUACCCGUGUACGCAUAUGCCAUCUCAGGGAGAUACGAUAUUGGCAGUCUCGAGGACUACAAGACUACAUUGAAGGCUUUCGCAUAGUAGUCCUUCAUCGGUUCUUUACGCAUUCAAGGCGUUCUUGUUUAUUUGUUAGAAUGGUAAAUAGCUUGACUAUGCUGAUUAAACACAACAGGAGCUGAUUUAGAGGUGCUGAAGAGAGCCGUGAAUUCUAUAGAAUGGGAAGGAACACUCGACAAAUAGAAUAGCUAGUAGAUAUGACCAGAAGUUGGUCCACCAGACAGUGAAGACAAAACAAUCUCUAUUAAAGGGAGGCAGCACGCAUGUAUCCCAACCUCCAGAAUUCAACUCCACAAACCAUUACUUACCAUCAAGAUUAAAAUCGAGUGAUUGG